AGAGGAGAACAUUUCCUGAUCAAACCGAAAGCAAGUGUGUCCCUGCUUACGUUACAGCUUUACAGAAGACAGGCCGUGAACAGAUAUCACUGUCCGUAUCCAGGAACAGCCUAAAAGAGAAGCAAUGGAAUCUUUUCCAGACAGCUGCCCACAUCUUAGUAUGCCUGUAGAGACGGAUGAAUCUAUGACCUCAUCUUCUCUCAAUCUGGCCUGGCCUGCAUGCCAUCAGUGCAAAUCACAGAACCUUACAGAGGCUGGCAAAAGUGGAGUGCCUUGUCCAGAGAUGUGUGUUCAUGAUGCAAGUAGGGUGCAUUACCUAGACCGUGGUUAUGGGCUUCAACCUGAAGAAUUAAGGGUCAGUACCUUCAGAAAACAGUCCAUAAGUGAUCUGCAACCCCCAGAGAGUCCUGCAGGGCUACCCAGUUUCUACCUGCCUCAAAGUUCAAGACCACACCUUCAGAUAGACUGUAGAUCCCAUAUAGAAGACCUGAGUGAAAAUUUGUUAAGAGUCAACCUUCACCCUCACUGCAAUUCCACUGUCUUAUAUUCACACACCCAACAAUCUGUGAGUGAGGAAAGUCUAGAGAAGCCGCGUCCUCUUCGUUCCGACCAGGGGGACAGUUUCUGCAGAUUUCCUCCAUCAAAAAAGCCAGGAUUUUACGGUGAGGGCCCAUCGGAGCGGGUUUUAUAUCACUGGCAUGGACAACCUGCAAAUUACCCACAGCCCAACUAUCCGCUGCAUCAGCCCCUACCUGGGUAUUAUGUUCAGAAUAGGCCCAUAUCUAGAGAACCAGCCAUUGUGAAGCCCCCUCAAGUUACAUCCGGUCAGAGCACAGCACCUGUGAGAGAGCUCAUGUCAGAAGUUUGUGUCCAGCCAUCCCAAGCAUCUGCUGUUGGCCACCCUCAAACACUAAGGCGUAACAUCAGUCUUCCUGACAACUGCAGAGACCUUUUCAUUACAUACUCUGUGGACAUUGCAACAGAGCUGAUGCCCUUUGUGAGCUUUUUGAUAAAUCAAGGAUUCAGACCAGCUAUUGAUAUAUUUGAAGACCGAGUUAGACAAAUGGACAUCAACAAAUGGAUGGACAGUUUCUUAAAAAAUAAGUCUGUGUUGAUCAUUGUAGUGAUCAGCCCAAAGUAUAAAACAGAUGUUGAGGGAGAGGGAUCUGAUCAGCAUGGACUACACACCAAAUACAUACACACCCAGAUCCAAAAUGAAUUCAUUCUGCAGAGAUGUUUGAACUUCAGACUGGUACCAGUGCUUUUUCCCAAUGCAAACCUGACUCAUGUUCCUCUGUGGCUGCAGAGCACUCGUCUGUACCGAUGGCCUGAAGAUUCAAAGGACCUAUUACUGCGUUUGCUUAGAGAAGAGAAAUACAUUGUCCCUCCAAUGGGCAAAGAGCUGAUGCUCACUAUCAAGCCCCUAUAAGACAUAAUCUCAUGACAUCUUCUGCAUUAAUGAAUGCAGUUUCAGUGCUAUAAAACGGUCUUAAACCCUGACUGGAGAUAAUUGUGACAAUUAUUGAUCGAAAAAUGCAGAUAAGUUAGUAGUUUACUAUACAAUUAUUUUACAGUUUAAUUUACAAUAUAGAUGGUUGCAUGGUUAAAUUUUUGCCAGUGAUUUUAUCAGUCUUGUAAGUAAAAAA